AUGUCUGACAACUCGUUACUACACAAUUUUCCUCAAUGGGAGAAAUUGCUGGGAAAGUUGGAGGACGACCCUUUCAGUGAUAUCUUUUGGAAUGAAUUGAUUAUGCAUCAUGAAAAGUUAGCUAACGAACAUGCUGAUUUAUUGAGGUCUAGAAAAGAGCUGAGGUUGUUGAUGUAUUCCGAUUUUGAUAGAUUACUCACCAAGUACCCCUAUUACGCCAAAUAUUGGACUAGAUACACAAAGAUAGUUAAACUACUAGAAGGUGUGCUGCCUUCAAUCGAGAUUUUGAAACGAGCAACUGUUGUUUUCCCGCAUUCACUUGAACUUUGGGUGGAUUAUUUGGUUAACUUGCUCACCAACAGAGUCAAGUCUGAUGACGAAAUCCAAAAGCUUCUUGAACACGCUGAAGAUAAAGUAGGGUUUCAUUUUUUAGCUCACGAUUUUUGGGAUAUCUAUCUCAAGUGGGCAAAAUCUAGAUUUGGUCAAAAUUCGAUUGAGUAUGUCAAGGUAUUAACUAAAGUGAUAAAAAUUCCAUUGCACCAGUAUGCCAAAUAUAAUGAAGAGUUUCAAAAAUUGUCACAAUAUUUCGCAGUUCUGGAUUUAGUAAGUAAGGAAGAAUUAAUAUUAUAUAUCGAAGGAAAGAAGACGAAAGAUGUGAUAAGCAACUACGAUGACUACAUAGAAAUGAACUCGCAAGAUUUAGUAAAGGAUUAUUUUGGAGACCUGCUUAAGGAGGUGCAGAUCAGAUCUCAGGAGAAAUGGAAAUUUGAGAGUAUAGUUAGAACGUCAUUUACAUUGAGUAUGGUUACAAAUGAAGAACUUGUUAAUUGGAACAAAUAUUUAGAUUAUGAGGAAGCAUACCAUAGCAAGAUGCCAAAUUCUAACGAAAAGGAGCUAAUAUCGUUAUAUGAACGGGCGUUGAUUCCAACGUGUUUGACCAGUGAUAUAUGGAUUCGCUAUAACAGAUAUCUCAUUCAGAAUAACGGCCAGAGAAACCACAUAAUAGCAAAUUUCAAUAAAGCCUGUGAUCAUUUUGUACCGUUGGAUUCAAAGGAUAUCCGGUACAUGUAUAUCAGGUAUAUGGAAUUAAAGGAGAAGAAUAUUGAGAGCUGCAAAAGUAUUUAUGUUUCAACCAUCGAAAAAUUGCCAAACGAUUCCGAACUAAUAGAUCAUUAUCUAGAGUUCCUGAUAAACCAUGAGUCCAAGGAGAAUCAGAGGACGCUUAUCGACGAUUUAAUAAAAUGUGCUCAUCUAUUCAACAAGGAAUAUGGUUCUGAUAACCAUUUAGACAAAAAGAGAAAACCUACCCACAAUUCGGCCAAAAACAACCUGGAGAUAAACUCGCCAGAGAUUCGACACCUUAAAGGUUUGAUCAAUUUUUGGACGGCUGGACAAUUAAUUGUCAAUGCAUGUAAAUACAUGUGGUUUGUCGACAAAGAUAUCCGACGUACAAGAGACACCUUUAUGUCAUUUUUGAACACGGAGGCUGUGAAAAGCAGUAAACCAUAUUGGUUUAUGGCAUUCAAGUUCGAGCUAUCGCAGAGAAACAAAAAGAAUCUGACUCACAUCAUACAACAAGUUCGGUCAUAUUCCACUUUGAGUAUAUCAGCCAUUAAUUUGCUAUUAACAGAAUAUACUGCUUUUAUGCUGAAAAACCUGUCUGCGUCUGAACUUAAGCAGUUUGAUCGAGAUUUGUACAAAAAUAUUAUUGAAACAGACUUUCAGUCGUCUACACAUAUGAAGACGUACUUGAAAACCAGAUUAGCUGGUGGUUCUGAUUCUGAAAUAAUUGAUAAACGAUUACUCAGGGAGAACGGCCAUCCUGCCGCAACCUCAGAAGGAAGACCUCAGAUAAUAAACUCUAUAUUACUGACUGAGGUUACCAAAUCAGAAAACGACCCUUACCCGCUGCCACGUUUCAGGAAUGUGGAAAAGGCGGGUUUGAAUGUAAAACAUAUUCAUGAAUCUCUGUAA